ACCAUAAUGUAUGAGUUAUGUGUUUAGUAUUACUGUUAACUGUUUUAUGUUAGUACUUUUCAGCAUCGAAACUAGGAAAAACAACUAGGAAUGGCUGUGGAGGAACUUCAAUCCAUAAUAAGGAGAUGUCAAAUCCUAGGAGAGCAAAACUUUAAAGAAGAUGAUUUUGGCCUAUUUCAGUUAGCUGGCCAAAGAUGCAUAGAGGAAGGGUAUAUAGAGCAACUAUUAGAAAUUCUGCAAAAUGAGAAGAAUAAGGUUAUCGUCAAGCAUAUGGGCUGGAAUCUGGUUGGUCCUAUUGUUCGCUGUCUUUUAAGGAAUGAUAAAAAAGAUGAUGAGAGAAAAGUUUAUUUUUUGAUGCUUGAUUUAUUAGUGAAGUUAUGUAAUCCAAAGGAAUUAUUGUUGGGUUUGCUUGAACUGAUUGAAGAACCCUCUGGAAAACAGAUAUCCCAAAUUAUCCUUCUUUUACUUCAGCCAUUACAAACAGUGAUUCAGAAACUUCAUAACAACAAGGCAUAUUCGGUUGGACUAGCACUGUCUACCCUCUGGAGGCAGCUGUCUCUUCUUCCUGUUCCAUAUUUAAAGGAACAUGCACAAACAGAUGACUAUGGGCUUUGUCAGUGUUGCACGGCCUUAAUAGAGUUCACAAAGCCUUUUGUGGAAGAAGUCGUCCACGACAAAGAAAACUCACCAGAGAAUGAAAAGUUAAAGGAUGAAUUACUGAAAUUCUGUUUCAAAAGCUUGAAAUGCCCUUUGCUGAAAGCACAAUUCCUUGAACAAUCUGAAGCUGGAAAUGAUCCUUUCAGAUGUUUUGCAUCUGAAAUAAUAUGCUUUUUAUCAGCAAUUGGACAUCCUUUCUCCAAAAUGAUUUUUAAUCAUGGAAGGAAAAAGAGGACUUGGGAUUACCUUGAAUUUGAGGAAGAAGAAGACAAGCAAUUAGCAGACUCUAUGGCUUCUCUGGCAUAUCUAGUAUUUGUACAGGGCAUCAGUAUCGACCAGCUUCCAAUGGUCUUAAGCCCGUUGUACCUUUUGCAGUUUAAUAUGGGGCAUAUUGAAGUCUUCCUGCAGAGAACAGAAGAGUCUGUUUUCUCCAAAGGAUUGGAUCUACUAGAGAAUUGUUUAUUGAGAAUAGAAGACAACAGUCUACUUUACCACUACUUAGAAAUCAAGAGUUUUCUUGCUGUACCUCAGGGCUUGGUUAAAGUAAUGACAGUUUGCCCCAUUGAGACAUUGAGGAAAAAGAGUUUAGCUAUGCUGCAGCUGUACAUUAACAAGUUGGAUUCACAAGGCAAAUAUACAUUAUUUAGGUGCUUAUUGAAUACAAGUAAUCACUCAGGUGUCGAGGCCUUUAUUAUUCAAAAUAUCAAAAAUCAAAUUGACAUAUCAUUAAAGAGAACAUGUAACAACAAAUGGUUUACAGGACCACAGCUGAUUUCCCUUCUAGAUAUGGUACUCUUUCUCCCACAGGGUGCUGAAACAGAUUUAUUGCAAAACUCAGAUAGGAUUAUGGCUUCAUUAAAUUUAUUGAGGUACUUGGUUAUCAGAGAUAAUGAAAAUGACAAUCAAGAGAAAUGAGAAAGGACAGAUUGAAAUGAGAAGGAUAUAUGUGACAGUCAUUAAUGUUACCAAUUAUUCAUCAUAGGUAUGUGUAGAUUUUAUUUGGAGAACUAUACAUAAAGGUUAUAUACUAUUUGGAUCCAAAUAAGUUCAUUAUAAAAUAUGGGUUUAAGUGGUCCAUUUCAUUGCUCUAGUUAAGGAUAAUUAGGUUUAUAAGUUUCCCCUUUUUACCUAAGAUAUUCUCCUUCAUAAAAGGAAGGAAACAUUGAAAAUUAGUAUCAGUGGAGGGGUUGUCUUCUCUUUUGUUAAUAAAAUUAAAGCUUCAUGACUUCCUUCCUUCAGUACUGCAAGAGAAAAUGCUUAUGGAAGAAAAACUGUUAAGAUAUAUGACAAAAUAACUCCUUCUUUGCACUGGUCAAGAAAAUCCAAAUUAGCUUUGCAUUAAACAAGUUCCCAUCAAUAAGGAAGGGAAAGAAUCCUGUACAGCUAGAUCUGUGGCCUGGAUAUUAAUUGAAAGGUCAAGGGUUGAAGGUCUAUGUAUGGUUAAAGAAAAAGAAAAAAGCCGUUGUGGGGAUAACUUUGUGAAUUAUCCUCAAAUAAAUUUCCAGGAGCUAUCCAAAUUGUUUAAUAAUGAGCAUAUUGGGCGGCGCCUAUGGCUCAGGGAGUAGGGUGCCGGUCCCAUAUGCCAGAAGUGGAGGGUUCAAACCCAGCCCCGGCCAAAAAACCCACACACACACACACAAAAAAUAACGAGCAUACUACCCCAAGUACGUUUUGGUUUUGAUUAGAUUAGUAUUCAUGUAACUAGAUGUAGUAAUAAAUGUAUUAUUAAGCAGUAAACUAUUAUGAAAAGCAUGGGUGAUUUUUCAUUUUUUCCAGCUCACAAUGUGUGUCUAGUGAUAGUAAGUAAUUGAUACAUGUUGAACUAAAUAAUUCUUUCAUUAAUUCUU